AUGGGCAGCGAGAGCGGAGAAGAGGGCGCUAUCGACGAGUCGCCUCCGAAAAAACGCGCGCCGCCCAAGAAGGACAAGGCGCCGGCGCGGAAGGCGCCGCCGCCGCGCCCGCCGCCGCCGCAGCGCCCGCCGCCGCAGCGGCCGCCGCCGCCGCUGCCGCGGUCGCCGCCGCCGCCGCCGAUGAAUAGAAGGCCGCCGCCCUGGGAGGAUCGAAGGUUAGGCGCGGAGUGCCGCGCGAUUUUACGAGAUUUGGCCCGAGACGGUCGGCUCCGGGAAAACGAUGUGGACGAGGGCGCGCUUGCGAAGCUAAGCGCCUUGCAGCCCGAGGCCGCGGCGCGCGUCGCGCGGCACCUCGCCGCGCAGCCGCGGGCCAAAGUAAGGAACGUGUCGGCGUGGAUCGCGCGCGGCUGCGCCGCCGAGGCCCGGCCGGGGCCGCCGCCCCCAAACUACGACCAACCGGGCCCGCCGCCGCCGCCUGUACCACCACGCGCGCCGAGCCUGCCUCCACAAAACGGUCCCGACGACCCCGACGCCGACCCGGAAAUCUUCGCGUUCUUCGGACGGCUCGGUGGCCGAUUGGCGAGGAGGGAUGUGGAUCCCGACGCGUUAGAUAGGUUACGGCCGCGGGGGCGGACGGAGGCGGGGAAGAUCGGGGACGACUGUAGGAGAGCGCUGCGCGGUGGUUUGCCUUUUGACGACGUGAGCGCGUGGCUCGUGGACCGGUGCCGGCCGCGGGAUGUGCUGGGGGAGGCCUUUGCACCUUUACAAAGGGACUACGGUCUUGGAUUGGAUGCCGUCGAUCCUCGGGUGAGGCGGAAGCUGCGCGAUGCGCCGGAGGACUCGGUGCGGCGCGUCGUCGACGAUUUACGUCGGAUCAUGCGAACCUCGCGCAUCCAGAACCCGUCGCAGUGGCUCUCCGACGCUCUCGAUAGGGACAAGCCUCCCAAAAAGGAAGAGGCGAAGUCGCGGAAGCGGAGCCGCAGUCGGUCGCGGUCGCGGGACCGGCCGAAGCGCCGCCACGCCAAGGAGAAGAAGGAGGAGAAGAAGAAGGCGCCCCCCGAGCCGCCCUCCUUCAAGAACUGCGGCCCGAAGCUGAAGACCGCCUUCGAGCCCUUGGAGCAGACGUACAACUUGGACCGCGAGGAGCUCGAGGACGACGUCAAGCAGUCUCUGUUGGAUCUCAAGGACGAGAAGGCGGCGUCGUGCGUCCUGGCCUUGUUCGCGACGCUCCAACGGCAGCAGCUCGAGUCGCCGAUCGAUUGGUUGAAGGAGCGCAUCGCCAAGGCGGCGAAGGAGUAG